GACAGUGGGCGCCUUUUUGACAUUUUUGGUACAUGUUGUGGAUUGUUCACGUGUGUCCGUAAUUUUGUGUUUCCAUUUUGUAGGAUGAAGCCGAUAAUUGAUUCUGAAUCGGUAAAGUUGAACAAAAAAAGCAGCCCUCAGAAUAUCAAGAAAAAACUUUUCAGACAAGAUGGUACAAACAAAAGUGACAUAAAAGUAUAUAUGCGUGUGCAUUCAAAGAAGAAACGGCAAAAGUACAUUAAAUCUACAGUCGAGGAUAAAACGACUGAAUCUGAACAAAAUACUCUUUUGACAUCUGGUCUCAAGGUGGACAGCCAGUCAGAGGAAUCUGAUCGCUUAAGAUCAAAGAAGAAAACUCGGAGGGAGAAAAAUAAAAAUGUAACAAAGCGUUUGCCCGAACAUCCUGAUUCUAUUAUGAGCAGUAAAGACCAUUGUAGCGUAAGCAGUCAGAAUUGUCUAUCUCUACUCAUCACCAACCUACCCAAACAUAUAAAUUAUUCAAUGCUCAAAGAUGCCAUACCAUCGGCUGCACGCUUGCAUCUGUUCAGGAAAUCUGGAAAGCGUUUAGCGUUUGCCAAUUUCUAUACCAUGGAUGACUAUUCAAAUGCCAUUAGUCGUUUGGAGGGACUUGAGUUUGACGGGGUCAAGCCGUUGUUUAGGCAAGUUACACGCCAUGAAAAAACUGAAAAGAAAAAACCUCAGAGUGGUGAAUUGAGGCUGACUAUUCAUAAUUUACCAUACUCUAUUACUAUAACUGAGUUAGAAGAUGAAUUUCCUACAGCCAAAUCAAUCAUAAUAAAUACGAAGAAAACUGGAGUUAAUAAAGGAUCCUGUUUACUUGAGUUUGAAUGUCAUGAUGAUCUUCAAGUUGUUCUGGAUGCUUGUCAGAAUAAAGUGAUCGGUGGUCGCCGUGUAUCUGCCUUGCCCGGUCUUCAUUUUGAAAUUAAAUCCGAAAACACUAAAGCAAAUACUAAAGAAGCCACUACAUUUGGCAUAAAAAUAUGCAAAAUGUCUACAUCAAUAGAAGAUGAUCGACUUCGACAGCAGUUUCCAUUGGGAUCCAUAAUUGAAUAUUGUUCAGUGCCUACUAGUAAUCCAUCAUGCAGAAAUGUAUUUCUCACUCUCAGGAACAAUAUAUCUAAUCAAUUAAUUGUUAAAAAACUUCGUAGAAAAGGUAUCGACCAACAUCGCCUGCACAUACAAUCAUGGUACAAAAAGGACUUCAAAUCUCAAAAAAUUGAGCUAAAACCACCAACUGACGGUAACAAAAACAAAAUUGAUGAACCGAAAUUAAAGGCGAGUGGUUCAGCUGAAAAUGGUGAAAUGACAUUUUCAGAAUCAGAUAAAAAGAAUAAAUCAAAAAAACAGAAACUUGAAAAAAUGGAUGUCUCUUUGGAGAAUACUAAACUUGUGGCUUCAGACUCAGCCAAUAAAAAGCACAAAUUGAAAAAACGGAAAUAUGAGUGCGUAGACGUAAAUAUGAUCGAUUCGCAUUCGUCCAACACUCCACAGUCUCAUAAGAAAAAGGAGUUCAAAACCAAAGAAAGGAGUCACAUCGGUGACAAUCCAAAACACAUAGUAUUCGAUCAAGGUAGGUACACAUAGUUUACUUAAAUGUGUUAAAUUACCUGCUUGCAAAAUUGAAUUUGAUUUUUAUCUGUAUCAAUAUGUGCGCUUAAAAGAUAAUCAUUUUUGUUCUGUAAAUGAACUGUUAUCACAUUGUCUCGAACAGUAUUUCGUGUAAAAUUAGAAUUUUUUGUGUUGAUAAUGAUAAUAUUACUGAGGAAUAUGCUGAUAUAAACUUGAUUAAGAAGCUGUGAGAACUACUGCACGAAAACUAGUUUUACUUAUCAUUUGACAAUAUGAAUGAGACUUUGCAACGAGCUUCUAAAGUCCCAUCAAGCUAGUAAAAAUGAUAUAUCGAAGGUAAAUCAAACAAAUAUAGGAUACCCUUUAUAGAUUACUUUCAUAACGUAUAGGUUUCUUACUUUGAGACUAUUCCUCAGUUAGUCAGUAUACAUUAUUGUCGUAGUUCAUUCAUACUGGUCCUAUUAGUUGUCUACUAUAGCUCAUUCAUCGCAGUAAAUUAAAUAGCAUUAAUUCAACUACAGUUAUAUCUAUUGUUUUUUGAAAUAAUGUGUUUACUAUUUAGUUGAACACUAGCCACAAUACAACGAAAAAAGACCUACUUUUCUUCAUUAGAUUUUGGUCUAUAAGCACUCUUUAUUACACUUUACUCUAGUGAGAUUGUUCUACUUAAAUUAUAGAAUCCGAUUGGACCGAUCAAAAGUUGUUAAAGUAGUAAUUUGAAAAAUGAUUUCCUGGAAAAUAUAUAUUCCAUUUACAAAGCUUCUAUACUUAAGUGAUUGCGAUUGCGCAAUGCCUUGUAUUCAGCCGACAUUUUACGUAGUUAUAUCGAAUUCGGUUUGUCAGUGGUAGACACUUUUCACUUUUGUACUUUACUGGACAGUACCCUCGGAAUGAUCUACUAUCAGCUUAGUGAAUAGUGCUCACUUUAGUUGAAAGUGAUUAAAAUUCUUUCUACACAUUUCAAACUAUUUCGUAUAUCGAUGUUAGCGCUUACUCUCGUUACAUUUUUUGUUACAAUCAGUGAUUAUACUGACCAUAUGAAAAGCAAAAUUUAUUGAUACCGACUUCUCCAGACCAUAAAAACAUGAGUUACUUAGCCGCAUAGUUGCAAUUAUCGUUAAAACGAAUUGUUUCAAUGAUAAACAGCAUGAAACCUGACACAAUUUUCCGUCGGACCCAUUUGGUACACACAACAUCUGAACAGUGAAAGAGAGAAGAAGAACAAGUUAAGCUUGGAAGAAUCGUGUUGAUAAUAGGAAUUGAGUUUAUGAAAGAACGAAUGACAAUGCGGAUAGAAAAGCUAAAGAAUGUAUACAUCUACACUAAUUCAACCUAUUUCGAGCCACGAAUUAAUUGCAGUUUUUUGUUUCCUUCUGAGCAAUUUUAGGUAUGUUUGUGUGUAAAUUUAAAUUCUUGGGGAAAGUCUAUAUUGUUUCGCGAAUUCAAUUUUAGAAUCAAUGAAUCUUGCGUUCUUGACAACUGAUGUUCAAGAGAAAUUCAGUAUUCUUCAUACAUGCACACACCUACAAGGUAUUGAAGUUAACCUUAAAAAACAUCGACUUAGUUUCGAGAAACCUAGAAGUAUAUUUCAAAAAGCGAUCCCCUAAGGACUAGUUGCUCCAAUGAUGAAAAUUUUCCGUUCUUAUGCCCCCCUAAUGCUACUUUUACAGUCCAUGACGCACGAUAGUAAUCUUACAAAUCACCAAUAAUUUUAAUACUGGUAUUUACUUCGAUUUCAGCUAUAUCUAAGCAAUUAUUUGGUAGAUUGUGUUUAAAUUAUAAUUGUUUUCACGUUUUCUGAUCUUUCUAGAUGGCUAAUAUGUUUGUCAUU